CACCAGACACCGAUCAGUCGAUCACCAGCGCCCAGCGGGGUUCAUUAUGAGCUCUAGUGAACCCGAUCACUUCUCCAAUUUCGGUAGAAAGGCUAAAAAAGUGCUGACAACAGGGUAUUAUAAUUACGAUCAAAGAUUUACAGUCUCUUCUCGGAGCAAAGACGGAGUUGCCAUAGUUUCAACUUUAGCUCACAAAGGAAGCCUCUCAACUGGAGAUGUGGCAGCAACCUUGAAAUGCAAGAACAGUACUAUGCAUGUCAAAGCAGACAUUGAAUCAAAUAUCUCAGUGAGUUUGACCAUUAAUGAUAUUCUUCCAUCAACAAAGGCUAUUGCGUCCUGUACAUUACCUCACUAUAAAGCUGGGAAAGUUGAGGCUCAAUAUUGCGAUGAACAUGCGAGGUUGACUGUGGCUAUUGGUAUGCAGAAGAAGACUCCUGUUAUUGACGUAUCAGCAACAGUUGGCACUUCACGCAUUGCUGUUGGAACAGAUGCCCGUUACACCCUUGCUUCUCAAAAAAUUACAAGAUACAAUGCCGGCAUUUGCUUGAAAAAUCCCAAAUUUGAUAUUUCUUUAAUUCUAGCUGAGAAAGGAGAUGCAGUGAAGGCAACAUAUUUACACUAUUUGGGAGAGAAAAAGAGAGGAAGCAUUGCGGGAGAGAUGACAAGAAAGUUAUCUACAAAAGAGAACAAACUAACAGUGGGAUGUUCGUACACUGUCAAUCCUCAUACGACCGUGAAGGCAAAGCUCAACAAUCAAGGCAAAAUCGGAACCGUAAUACAACACGAGCUGAAGUCCAAGUCUUUCUUGGAGGUAUCUGGAUCAUUUGACACCAAGUCCAGGAAACAUAUCCCCAAAUUUGGUGUCUCCCUUUCUCUUGUGCCUUGAAGAAACGUAUUUUUGUGAUUUAGUGCCAAAUCAGAUACGUAGUAUGUUACUUUGCAAGGAUACUUUAACUGAUUCUUUAGAUCAUCUAACGCUGUUUCUUGUAAUUUUAAACAGAAGGAGAAGAGAAAUACUACACUGCAUAGCAUUAUUCUUUUCAGC